AUGAAGGCAUACCUGUUUCUUGCGUUCUUCCUUCUACAACUCCACUCCUUCAAGCCGGCCGUCUCUUUGUCCGUAUUGGAAGAUGUAUGCAAUAACAUCUACUACGCGACCAUUCCCUGCCUCGCCAUAAUCGGCGCUGACCCCCGCAGCAAGAUCGUCAAGGACAUCCGUGAUGUGGUACUUAUCGCGCUCGACAUCUCCAACGAGAAAGCUAUCAAGAUCCAAUCGUACGCAAAGAAGCUGCUCGAGAACGCCACCGACGCCAACACUAAGCUACGGGCCGAGGCCGCCUACCAUAUUUUCACCGAUACAAUCAAGGGUCUCAAGUUCGUCGAGGAGUCGUUCAUCGCCAACUUGCUCCCCGGAGCCAAUUCGGUGGCGUUUGUUGCCAGAUAUUCGGAGCAGUCCGCAAGCAGCGUUAUCGAUUUGGCGCAGUUCAAGAACAAACCUAGUAAUAUAGGGUUUGGAGGAGAUGAUGUGUUUAUGAGAUCUGGUUUUAUUAAUUGGAAAAAAGCAAUUGAAAAAUUCAAUGAGCAUGUAGGUGGAGUUGGUAGUGCCCACAAUGAGGCAAGAAUACAGUUUGAGGGUUUCAAGAAUCAAAGACAAAGUGUGGAGUAUUCAUUUUCAUCAGGGAAACAUGAGCUUGAAGUUGCUUAUCGCAAACGCUUGACUUCCAUUUUAAAAGUAAUUCGAUUUUUGUUGUUACAAGGAUUGCCUUUUUGGGGACAUGAUGAGUCUUCGACAUCAUCCAAUAGAGGCAAUUUUUUAGAAUUGCUCAAAUGGUAUAGCUCAGAGUGUCCUGAAGUUGCGGUAGUUGUUGGAAUGAAUGCACCUGGAAAUAAUCAAAUGAUUGGCCCAAAAAUUCAAAAGCAAUUAGUGAAUGCUUGUGCAGUUGAGACCACAAAUGCUAUUCUAGCUGAUCUUGGGGAUAGGUGGUUCACUUUACUACUUGAUGAGGCUCGUGACUAUUCAGUGAAAGAGCAAAUGACAGUUGUUAUUAGAUAUGUGAACAAACAUGGAGAGGAGGCAAUCGACUCUUUAUUUGCUAAGUAUGAUUUGUUAGUGGCGAGAUUGAGGGGUCAAGGAUAUGAUGGUGCUUCAAAUAUGUCUGGAGAAUUUAAUGGCUUAAAGUCACUGAUAAUGAAAGAAAAUCCGUAUGCAUUGUAUGUUCAUUGUUUUGCUCAUCAACUCCAGCUAGUGGUUGUAGCUGUUGCUCAAGAAAAUCAAUAUGUUUGUGAUUUCAUGUGGAUUGUUGGUUCGAUUGUAAACACAUCUGCAUCAUCUUGCAGAAGGGCCGACAAACUUCGACAACUUGAACAUGACAGAAAAGUUAAACUUCUUGAAAGAGGAGAGAUUAGUUCUGGUAGAGGAGUAAACCAAGAAACUAGUCUAGCUAGACCUGGAGAUACACGAUGUGGGUCUCAUCAUUCAACUUUAUGUCGUAUUGAACAAAUGUGGCCAUCUGUUAUAAAGGUUCUUCAAAAUUUGAUUGAUGAUGGUGAUCGUUCUUCUAAGGGUUUAAGUAGAACUUUGGUUGAAAGAAUGGAGAGGUAUGAAUUUGUGUUUAUUCUACUAUUGAUGAAACGUAUAUUGGCAAUCACAAAUCAUUUGUCAACUGUUCUACAAGAGAAAGAUCAAAAUAUUGUGAAUGCGAUGUGUUUGAUCAAUAAUGUGAAAUGCAAAUUGCAAAAGUUGAGAGAUUUUGGAUGGGAUCUUUUACUUGAGGAUGUUAUCGAUAUUAUUCUACAGGAGAUGGAUAGUCGUUUCUCUGAAACAACUACAAAUUUGUUGAUUUAUAUGUCAUGCCUUGAUCCUAGGAACUCGUUCUCUAGAUUUGAUGUACAGAAGUUAGUGCAUCUAGCUCAUUUUUAUGAGGAUGAUUUUUCUUGGAAUGAGCGUAUGUUGGUUGAACAAGAGCUUGAAACAUAUAUUGAUGACGUCAGAUCAGAUGAACGAUUUGAAGGCAUUUCAUAUUUGGGAGCUCUUGCAAAGAAAAUGAUUGAAACAAUGAAGAACCGUGUAUUUCCUUUGGUUUAUCAGAUGAUUGAGCUAGCCUUACUUCUUCCAGUUGCUACUGCAACCGUUGAAAGAGUGUUUUCGGCAAUGAAUAUUGUCAAAACAGAUUUGUGA